ACAAAACCAUCGAGAAAAGAAAAGUUUCGCCUCGAAGUCCCACAAGUCCCUUAGGUACAAUACCCGAGGACGGUUGGAAUGACAACUUUCAACUGAAACAUAAACAAUUACAAAAUUCUCUUUCGUACGUCGACAACAUCCAUAAAACACCAGAUCGACACAAUUCGUUAUAUCCCCUACCGGCGAGAUCCAGUGAAAAUCUGUUUGGUUCAUCGACAAACAGUUUAUGUAGUGAUAAGUCAAAUAGACGCAGAGGAAUUAAUCCACCCUCACGUAGUCGUUCCGAACCCGAUUUGGCAGAAGUCACAGAAAGUCCUGUAAAUAACAAGAGACGUAAAAGUGCAGUCCCUGACAGGUUAUCCACUAAUGACUUUAAUUUUGAUAAUCGAAGCGAAAAAAGCCACCGCAGUGCAAGAAGUGAAAAAAGUACAGCAAGUCUUGCGUCAGCGACUAAUAAUGAGAGAAAGAAAAGUGUGUCUGCUGUUGACGCCAGACGUCAAAGUGUUGUUAACGGUGCUCCUGGAUCACAUAUACGUCGCAGCAGCGCUGUCAGUAGUAGAGCAGCCUCUAUAAUAUCUUCAGGUUCCGAAAAGAAUUUUUCGACACCCUCCCAAACUACUACAUCAACACAGUUCGCAAAAAUAGAGAUUCCUAUAGAACUUCUAGAAACACCAUCUCUUCGUUUAAAAAAGAUGCUAGGACCAGUUAUAAUGUGUAUACUAGCUGUUACACUGGCUGGUAGUCUUGGUAUUGCUGUUUAUUUUGCUACGGCCUUAAAAGAUACCCAAGAAAAACAGAUAGAUUUUCUACAUGCUCAUUUUGAGAUGUCUAUACGAAAUCAAAAUAUAAAUCAACUUUCAUUUCGAGAAAGAGAAAUCUUAGCCGUGUCAUACUGUAAGAUGAUGGAUAAGUUUUAUACAGUCAGUGAACUAAAGAAACUGUACCGCGGAUGUGAAGUUAUCUCACUGAGAAACGAUAAAAUCAACUUUACUUUAUUCUUCACCGAGUCUGGGCCUGCUCCAGAAGAUGCUAUUAUGCAGGUUAUACAGGAUUCAGCACCGACCGUCAGUGCACCAGGUAGAGCUGAACCUCUAGUUAUGGUUGAUCAGCUCAAGGUUGAUCUCACGACGGCUAAAAUUAAACUCGAAACGAAGAAGGAACCCGAGAACUUUAGUAAAAUCAUUGUUGAUAAGGAAAUUGCUGCUGCUAAGAAUGUAUUAACGCCAAACCCAAGGAAUAUUGUAGACUCUGUUGGCGAUAGCUCUGCACAACUGACAGUAUCCAUAGAAACAACCCCGGCCACGACUUCACCAACCUUUAGCACAACGACUUCAUCCAUUACAACAACCGUUUCUACCACCACAAUUAGUCCGACUACGACUACAACCACGGCUCCUCCAACGUCGACUUCAAGCCCGGCUUUACUUGCAGAGAAAUAUGUCAAAUCUACUACUAGGUCUACCAACUUCACAACAACCUACAAUAAACAACCAACAUCACCAGAACCACUCAAUCCAUGCGAGGGUAAAAAUGGAGGAUUCUACCCUCACCCGACUGAAUGCAACUUAUAUUAUGAAUGUCAAAACGAAGUUUCAGUUCUAUUAUAUUGUGGCCAGGUCAUGGUGUUUGAUUUUAAUUCCAAAGUGUGUGUAGUGAAAACAGCUGAUAGUCUUUGUCCUAAUAUAACGCAUUAUGUAGGUGACAUCAGUUCCAGACAUGUAACCAAUACAAGUAUUAUAUUACCCGUAUAUGAAUGGAAUCCAUGUGCUAACAACAAAGGAGAUUAUUUUCCACAUCCAGUUGAAUGUAAUCUCUUCUUUCAAUGUGACCAUGGUAAAUCUGUAUUAAGAUUAUGUCAAUCUGGACUACUAUACGACUGGGAGACUAAAGUGUGUUCUAGACAGUCAGAUCAAGUUACUUGUCCAGAUCCAUCUAAAGCACCACCACGACCAGAAGAUACAUUUACAGUAGCACCACCCAGUAUCACAACUAAAAAUACCUCUAAAAACUUAUAUCCUACAAGACCAGCUUACAGUAGGACACCGUGUAAAACAAGUAAAGAUGGUAAUAACAUCUUCCCACACCCUGAUGAUUGCAAUCUAUAUAUAUUCUGUAAUGACGGCGUAGAGAAUACAAUGACUUGUGAUGAUGGCUUGGUAUUUGACCCGGAAAUCACUACCUGUCGAAAACCAACAACAGAAUUACAUUGUCCAGAUUUAACACCGUGUAAAGGAAUGGAUUUGGGAUACUACCCACAUCCUUUCGACUGUUCAAAGUUUAUCAUAUGUGAAACAGAAAAAGAAGUUAUUCAAUCAUGUCUUCAUGGCCUUGUUUGGGACCCGACCAAAAAGAGCUGUACCCUUAGAACGGAGAAUAGUAUCUGUCCGUAAUUGAUCAGAUAUUUGUCUUAGUUAACAAUGUAUUUGUUGGUGAUUGGUUUUCAAAUGAGUCGUCAACAUUGACUAGUAGUGUUGUUUACGCAGACUACAUAUUUCUUGAAUGGUACAGCUGGGGACGUAGCAAAAUUUUAAAACAAUCUAUGUUAAAAUGGUGUUUGGGGCAGUAUGAAAUGAACAGCAGUGAUUUGUCAAAAUUAACAAUAGCUCAAGUUUGCUUUUUUUUAUGGUGACGAUAUAAUUUCAGUGAAUAUAUGCAGUGUCGUAAUUAGCUCAGAGGAACGAGACGGGAGGGAAUUGUUCUCAUGGGUGCUGUAAAAUUGACGGACAAUGUAUAUCUAGGUUUUUUUUUAUGGUCAACAUUUUUUUCACGGGGAGGGGGGUAGAAGCGAAACUUUUUGCCCCCCCCCCCCCACUAGUUACGGGCCUGGAUAUGUGAUGUUUGUACCCCUCUCUAUACAUGAUAAUACUCUGCUUGGUGAAGAUACUGGCUGUUAAUGCAUUUAUCGAAACAAGGGGAAGCGACUCUGGUAUGUCUAAUAACCCUUCAACAUCUGUACAUAUAUAACUUUAUUGUAUAAUGCAUAUAUUAUAGCUUGUUAUUUAUAUUAUAGACAUGGACAAUGCGACUCAGUUUAAAUCCCGGUUAAAUAUUUAUUAUUAUGACAAAUCUGGAUAGUUGAAAUGUAAUAUAAUAAAAAUGUUCCUUCCCCUGAUCUUGGCUUAUGACAGGUAGUCUGGUCAAUGGGGAUAAUAAUGACACUAUGCUCUUACGGUGUGUUAAACUUACAUCAUGUAUAUUGCAUCGUAUUGUAAAGAUUGUUAUUAUUUGAAUAUAUUAUGAACGGCAUUAAUAAAUGUCUGUGUAAAUUAAAAUAUGUUAGAAAUGGAUAUAUUACUACACAUAAUAACUGGGGGAAAAUGUAUUAACUGUAUCACAAUUUAUGAAUUAUAUAA